UAAAGAACCAACCGCAAACUAAGUUGAAGACAACGGCAGCGGGGACGCUCUCCGCGGUCCGCAGACAGCGCAGAUGCGCACGAAGAGCGUGCGAGCGCCCGUUGACGCCUGCAGCACGUGACCAUCCGCUCAGCCAAUCCCAGGACUCAUAACUAGAUGCGUAACUGUUAACUGGUUAAAUCUCCUCCUUCCGUGUUGCUUUUCUUCUGCUGCCGCUAGUCCGUGGGGGCCGGCCCCCCAUUUGAAACCAUAAAGAAGAAACUGACAAGUUCCGUCGCAGCCGAACGCGACAGUCAAGUCGUCGUUCGGGGCGGUGUGUGCGACGAAUCUGUAACAACUUCGCUCCUGUUCACUGGUUCAACAGUACCACUUCCAGCGUCUGUUGGUCGCAGCUUAGCGCAUCUGAGGCGUUUCGGAGAUGGCCCAGGCAGCCGCGAUUGGAUUGCAGCCGUUGGGCGCCGAUUUAAAGCACUGUGUUGGAAGUUGUCUGGGGAACUACGAGCUCCUCGACCAAAUAGGCAAGGGCAGCUUCAGCGUGGUGUACAAGGCUCGAACUACUCAAGACGGCACACUUGUGGCCGUUAAGAAAGUUAAGGUGAAAGAAAUGCGUGACGAAAAGGCCAAAAGUGACUGCGUGAAGGAAGUAGCCCUUCUUCAGAAGCUAGACCAUCCGCACGUCAUAAAAUAUCACACCUCCUUCAUUGUGAAUGGGGAACUCAACAUUGUACUUGAGCUGGCGGAUGGGGGUGACCUGGCAAAGUUUAUAAAGUGUUUCAGGCAGCAUGGUAAGCUGGUUCCCGAGCCAACCAUCUGGAGGUACUUCUCACAGGUGUGUGCCGCCCUCAAGCACAUGCACAUGAAGAGGAUAAUGCACAGAGAUGUGAAACCAGCCAACGUGUUCAUCACUAGUGAUGGUAGGAUCAAGUUGGGAGACCUGGGCUUGGGACGCUUCUUCAAUCCCAGCAGUGUUGCUGCCAACUCUUUUGUGGGAACGCCGUACUACAUGUCACCUGAGCGGGUUCAACAGCUGGAGUACGACUUUCGUUCCGACGUAUGGUCGGCCGGUUGCCUUCUCUAUGAGAUGGCAGCUCUACAGUCCCCAUUUGCCAAUGAUUUCAAGAACCUUUACUCUCUUGUGAAGAAGGUUGUGGCAAGCGAAUACCCGCCUAUUCCAAGCAACCUCUACUCGGAUGAGCUACGUGCCCUGGUUGCCGUCUGCAUGGAUCCAAACCCCAUGAAGCGGCGGGAUAUAAGCUACGCUUGCACCGUGGCCACACAAAUGUACGAGCGCUUUGUGAGGGCAUCUGCAUGCAAGGCAAAAGCACUGGCCUCUACAUGACGUGGUGAUCUAUCUCCUUGACUGGCAGCAGCACAAGUCUUUUACACUGUACAUGCAUGUUUCGUGUGUGUGUGUACACAAUAAGCUUGUCAAUGGAAUUUGCUCGAUUAACUGGUAUCAGAAAGGGCACAGUGAAGGGAAGAUGGCAUGCUGGAGAUUGUUUCAGUGCUGUCUUUGUGAUGAAAUGUGUUAUGGCUAGAAGCUGGAUCUUUAGUCACUAAGAAGCGACUGCAGUGCCUUGCAGCACGAUGCUGUAGGGGUAACUGUUUCUUCUGAAAACAUGUAAGAGAACACAGAGUGGUGCUAUCUUGGUGCGCCAUUUUUGAGAUAUUCAGGAAUUGCAUUACGAUAUGACAAAGGAUAGGUUUUCUGGCAUGAAACAUUUUUAGAAGAAAAUAGAGCCAUCACAUACAGUGCACAUUGUGGAUCUCCGUUGUCCGGCACCUAGUAGUGUUCCAAUUUAAUAAAGAUGACCUUCACUUGUUCAGCCAGUGAAACAACCAGCCUGCUAGUGCCCUUCAUAUAAACCGAGACAAUGCAUGUGAAAAGUAGAUUCAACUACACAAGUUUUUGGGAGAAUGACGCCAUGAAAAAGCAGUGUUUUCUUGCAGCCUGGGCACGUAGCCGGAACACACAUGCCACGUAAAUGGUAAGCGUCGCAAUUCCAGGCAACACGCCUAGGCCACGACAAAAUUGUUUUUUGCAGUUUCAUCCAUUUUCUUUGCUAACAAAUGGUCCCGCACUCUUAUUUUUUUCCUGGCUAUGUGUAAGAUACAAAUUUUUUUUAUGCUUGCUAUUCGGUUGAUAAGUUGUAAUGGUUUGUGCCAUACUAUGUCUCUUUCCUGAGUACAGAAAUCUACUUUGUUACUCUAAAAUUGCACCAUGCCAUUUUGAAGCUUAUGUUCAAACACCAAGGGCUGCUAUACACAAAGGUGGCAGACGCUGGUGAGACUACCAAGUGCUGUUCUUAAAAGCAAAUUGUGUAGCACCGAGUACUUGCCUGCUGUAAAGACAUGUAACUGCUGGCAGCUUGGUUUUGCUACUGGUUAUAACAGAAAUACUUUUGCUUUAGUAUUGUCGGAACUUUCUGAGAUGUCAUUUUUCAGUUGUAUGAGUUGUGCAUUUCAUUCACUGUGCCCUUGUUCAAUCUGGUGCUAGCAUUCCUAGUCACUAUAAUAGGGAACGGCUGCUACAUAGUUUACUCCCUGAGCGCAUUUAAUUAAAUCGGGGGGUGUUGCACCAUGCACUAAAACAGUCCAGAGCUGCUGAAGUGGUGUUGCACUGGGCCAUUUGCUGCAAAUUCGUAGUAAUAAACUGAGUGGUGAGGGCUGGCAAGAGAAGUGCAUUGAGCACUACACGUGCUCAAUGAAUAAACAUGUGUCUUUUGGAGACCUCUCACAAAGAGGCUUCUCUUUUGGAUAGAUUUCUUUGAGGGGAGGGAUUCAGAAACGAUAGAUGCCAUUUUUUAGCAGUGCAUGUUUCUUCUUCUAUUUCGACACAUUUCAGAGCCAGCAUAUUCUCUGCGAUUGGGAGUAAGCAUUAGCAAACAAAAGUUAGCUAUGCUUGAUAGCUACAUGAGAAAUGUUAAGUGAAAAUGGUUCAAAAAUAGACAGAACACAGAUGUCUUCAAGCCUCAUGUGCUUAAGGAAGCAUGGGAAAGGAAAUGACACCAUGUUAUGACUGGAAGCUAAGCUUGCUAAAUGUGUUUCAUGUUAGCACCGAGUCCCCCACUAUGAACCUUGUGUUGAGCGUCAGGAAGUCAUGCAAGACCUUUGUUUUAGUGUGUACAUUUAAUACUAGUUUGCUCGCACAAAAAUGCAUUGCAAGUUGGUGUCGAAAAGUGUUAACCUGUGAUGGUGUAGCCACCAGCAUAGUGGUGAUUGUGAUCCCCAGUAUUAAAAUAUUAUUUUCUCAUGCUAAUACGACAAGGUCACUUGAUUGGCAGGAAAUGUCACAUCAGCGCCCGAUUUAGAAAAUAUAUCACUGCACAACAACAUUUAUGCUACAGCCGGCAGUUUCAGUGCAUGCUUGCAACACCUCCUGAAUAUAUGAAAGUGUUUAUUUGCAUUUGCUGCAGGGGCCAUGCCCUGCAGAUUUGUUACAAUGGCGUGGUCACAUUUAUACUUGUGAUGAACUGAAUGUAUUUGCCACCUGCCUACCAAAUACCAGAUAAUUGUUUGCUCAAGUCAGCUGUUAUGAUACUAUGCCGUGAAUUUAUAUUGUGUAUGAUAUAUUAAUGCAAGUCAGAUUGAAGAAGCCUUUAAACAGCACAUAUAUUUUUUGAAGUAUACAUUUUUCUUGUGCGCACAUGUCGAUUGUGUGUUUUUAAGGAGGCUGUACCUGCUUGAGGAAGUCACGGGAGCAUGUACAACUGUUCAGCAGCUCUUUAUCGACAGUGACAUUAUAGAAUAUAUUUUCUGGAAGUUUAUGAAUAAAGUGUUUUACAUACA